UAGAGUUUAUUGAGCUUCCAUCAAUGGCUUCUAAAAGGCUUUUCAUGCUUGCCUUUGUUGCCGUGUUUCUUCCUGCAAUGGCCGUCGCAACAGAGUAUAUUGUCGGGGAUGACAAAGGAUGGACGAUCAAUUUCGAUUACCAAGCUUGGGCGAAGGAUAAAGUAUUUCAUCUUGGCGAUAAGUUAGUAUUUCGAUACCCUGAAGGAUAUCAUAAUGUGUUUAAAGUAAACGGUACUGCCUUCAAGAAUUGUGAUAUUCCGCCUGGAAAUGUAGCUCUCACUUCUGGGAACGACACGAUUGUUAUUAAGACUCCGGGAAGGAAGUGGUACAUCUGCGGUGUUGCUAACCAUUGUUCCAGUUAUGGCCAAAAGCUUGCAAUCUUUGUCCAAUAUCCAUAUGGCUUGGCACCACCAGCCGAGGCUCCAAGUGCACCUUCAGUGCCAACAACACCAAUUCAAUCUUGGUCUCCUGUUCCUGCACCUGCACCAUGGGUGCUACCAGUUAUACCUUCUGUGCCUGCUACACCUCCAGUUCCAUCAUCACCGAUAGAACCUUGGGCUCCGGUUGCUGCACCAUGGACAGUACCUGCAACACCAACUGAACCUUGGGCUCCAACUCCUAUAUCGUGGGAACCAGUUACACCGAGAUCACCAGUUGAACCUUGGACUCCCGCGCCUGCACCAUGGACACCUUCGAUACCUGCAACACCAACCGAACCUUGGACUCCAGCCCCUGCACCAUGGACACCUUCGAUACCUGCAACAGCAACCGAACCUUGGGCUCCAACUCCUGCACCAUGGACACCUUCAGUACCAGUAAAGCCAACCGAACCUUGGGCUCCAACUCCUGCACCAUGGACACCUUCGGUACCUGCAACACCAACCGAACCUUGGGCUCCGGCGCCUGCACCAUGGACACCUUCGGUACCUGCAACACCAACCGAACCUUGGGCUCCGGCGCCUGCACCGUGGACACCUUCGAUACCUGCAACACCUACCGAACCUUGGGCUCCAACUCCUGCACCAUGGACACCUUCAGUACCAGUAAAGCCAACUGAACCUUGGGCUCCAACUCCUGCACCAUGGACACCUUCGGUACCUGCAACACCAACCGAACCUUGGGCUCCAACUCCUGCACCAUGGACACCUUCGGUACCUGCAACACCAACCGGACCUUGGGCUCUAACUCCUGCACCACCAACCGAACCUUGGGCUCCAACUCCUGCACCUUGGGCACCAGUUACACCUUCGGUGCCAGCAACACCAGCUGAACCUUGGGCACCGACCCCAUCUCCCUAUCCAUACAUAUGA